AUGCGUUUUCCCGCCAUGGCAACAUCGUUGACUGGGGACUGUUGCUUGAAAUUGAAAUUCAAUAUGGUGAAACUGAAAUUUGUGAAGGAGCUUUUAGGUUUUGCACCACAUUGGCCAAACUUGACCAUCCCGGACUCUGUGACCCACAUCGGAGAUGGCGCCUUUCACGGUUGCAGCUCUUUGGUGAAGGUGACUAUCCCGGACUCGGUGACCCACAUUGGGGAUUGUGCCUUUCUGGGUUGCACCUCCUUGGCGGCAUUGACCAUCUCGAACUCAGUGACCCGCAUUGGGGUACUGACCUUUGCAGGUUGCAGCUCUUUGGUGAACUUGACCAUCCCGAACUCUGUGGACAACAUUCAGCCCGAAGCCUUUUCGAAUUGCACCUCCCUGGUGAACGUGACCAUCCCAGACUCGGUGACCUACAUCGGGUCUUGUGCCUUUGCUGGUUGCACCUCCUUGGCAAGUUUGACCAUCCCAGACUCUGUGACCUACAUCUUGGAUGAUGCCUUUGAAGGUUGCACGUCCUUAGUCGUGAGAGUUCCCACUUCCAACACCAAGUUCUCAAUGCGCACGCUACAGGGCUGCCAACGAAUCAUCGCCAAAGAGUGCCACUGUCACGAAUGCGCAUGCCUGUGGUUUCUCAAGGGCUGGGUUUGUCCGCAGCAAUGGCGUUGUCAGCAAAGGCCAGCUAUAGGAUGA